UGAAGGUUCGUGAAGGCGGCAUCACACCCUCAUUUUUCCCAACAUCCGGGACAUUUGAAUCUACCCACCGGUCAGUGGAAAGCGCUGGAAAGGCGGACUGAUGACAGCUGUCAGUGUGGACAAAAACACUACAAAUCUGUGAACAGACCCCGAAUGGCUCUCUCCUAAAUAUCCUGGAGAAAGGGACAACACCUUGGUAGUGUCGCGGAUUAUUUGAAGGUGUUGUGAAGCCAAUAACAUACACUUGUGUGUAUUCUGUGGCCUUGCAUAUCAUUGGUGGUGCAACAAUUCCAGAGGCAGCAUGGGGACACAAGGCUGUGGUAGAAAGCGUGCCCCCCUGAAAGACCGCUUCUCAGCAGAGGACGAUGCUUUGAGUAGCAUCGCUCGGGAGGCGGAGGCGAGGCUUGCGGCGAAGAGGGCGGCUCGGGCGGAGGCCAGGGAUAUUCGAAUGAGGGAACUUGAGCGGCAGCAGAAAGAGCGCUCUUACCACACAUCCAGCAGCAGCGGCAACAGAAAAUGGGGUCAGAUCCACCAGUGGAUGGCUGACUCAGAAAAGGCCAGAAGCUCUAGUAGUAGUAUAACCAGCCGUCAUCGUCGGGGGCUGGAUGAUGAUGUCAUGUCAAUCCGCAGCUACAGGUCAACCUCAUCAUCGGCAGCCCGUGACUUGGGGUCCAAGAGUAGAUCCAGUUCCCGUAGGAAAGACGUGUUGUCCGAUGGCCCCUCCUCUAGCUCCACCCUCAAGACUUCCCGCUCCACUAGUUCUGUGUACAGUGACCUGCAUGGCCAUAAAAGGGCCUCCUCCAGCUCCUCGAAGAAAGACCUGCUGACUGGACUUUACCACGAUCAAAGGACCUACAGCAGCCUAUCGAAGACCAAACCAACGGCUCCUCUCUCCACCUCCACCUAUCAGCCUCGGGCCACCACUUCCUCGUCCUCCACCGUGGGCGCGGCGCUGCCUCGCAGCUACAGCAUGGCCUCUCUCUGCGACGACACCGGCCUUUGCGGCUCAGGGUACAGUUCAAGAGCUCCCUCUGAAUACAGCUUGUACUCUGGAGCCGGCUCCACCCACAGCAGCCCUGUGUCCUCCUCUGAUGAUGACACUGUCAGCAGCGUGUCCCAGGAACGCUUCGGCAGAGGCCGCAGGGACAGUGUGUCGUCUGACUUCUCCGACAUUAGUGAGUCGGCUGCUGAUUAUUUCAGCCGCACCAGCCGGAGAGGCAGUGUUGUGUCUGACCUCGAUGAUUUGAGCAUUCCGGAUUUGGACGCUCUGGAUGAAAAAUGUGACAAGCAGUACACAGAUUUUAGUCGGCCGUCUUCCCGAUGUACCACCCCGGGCCUCUCGGCUGCCACGUUGGCAUCGCUAGGGGGCACCUCGUCACGGCGGGGCAGCGCAGACACGGGCAGUAUCUACGACCCCGACACCAGUCUAAGUGAACUUAGGGAUAUCUAUGAACUAAAGGACCAGAUUCAGGAUGUAGAAGGGCGGUACAUGCAAGGGCUUAAAGAGCUGAAGGAAUCACUUGCCGAGGUGGAGGAGAAGUAUAAGAAAGCCAUGGUAUCGAAUGCACAGCUGGACAACGACAAAGGCAACCUCAUCUAUCAAGUGGACACACUAAAGGACGUCAUAGAGGAGAUGGAGGAACAGACGGCUGAGAUGAAGAGAGAGCUGGAGGACAAGACAAAGGAACUAGAAAGACAAAAGCACACGUGUACAGUCCUGCAGCAUAAACAAGAAGAGCUGAAAGAGGGACUUCGCCAGAGAGAUGAGCUUAUAGAGGAGAGCCAGCGAAUGCAGACUAAGUUAGAUGCCCUCACCAGAGAGGCGUUUGACCUACAAGAAACUAUAAACUGGAAGGACAAAAAGAUCGGGGCCCUAGAGAGACAGAAAGAGUACUUUGAUUGCAUUAGGAAUGAGAGAGACGAGCUCAGAGAUGAGCUUGCUGACAUCAAGGGGAAGGCCAAAGCCGGAGAGAAACACGGGCUGGUCAUCAUCCCGGACGGCACUCCCAAUGGAGACGUCAACCAUGAGCCUCUGUCUUCAGGGAUCACCGUGGUCUCCCAGGAGGCCGCCCAGGUGCUGGAGUCUGCAGGAGAGGGCCCGCUGGAUGUCAGGCUACGGAAGUUGGCCGAGGAGAAAGACGAACUGCUGGCUCAGAUCAGGAAGCUGAAGAAUCAGCUGGAGGAGGAGAGACAGAAACACACAAAGAUGGACAGUGCGUGCACAGACGGGGAGAGGAUGGAAAACGGUACAGACCUGCACGUUAUUGAGAUGCAGAGAGAUGCCAACAGACAGAUUAGUGAAUAUAAAUUCAAGCUUUCCAAGGCAGAACAGGAAAUGGGUACAAUGGAACAAAAUAUCAACAGACUUGAAGGGCAAGUGUCCAGGUACAAGUCGUCAGCAGACAGCUCGGAGAAAGUAGAAGACGAACUUAAAGCUGAAAAACGGAAACUUCAACGAGAGCUGCGCACAGCCCUGGAUAAGAUCGAUGAGAUGGAGAUGACCAACAACCAUCUUGUAAAGCGCCUUGAGAAGAUGAAGGCCAACAGAAACGCCCUCCUGUCGCAGCAGUGAGGCAAGGCAGCGUCACCACAGAAGCCCUUAAAACUCGCACCUCAGACCUCUGACCGCCAUACUGCGUCUGGAGCGCAUUUCCAUUUUUAGCUGUAACACUUUAAGAAAUCGUAGCUAACCAAAAACUCUUUAAGAAAAGAAAUUGUAGCACAGGCAACAAACUGAACUGUGUCUCUUUUUUUUGGUUUUUGGUCAGGUGGUGUUUUUGGAGGGAUGGCUUAACUAAAUAAAACUAUAAAGUUAAUGGGAGAUGCAUCUGAGGAAGUUUCUCUAGUCACCGCUUCAUUUCUGAGAGCUUUGUACUACAUCAAGUUAUCCGUGAGAGUUCCUCUCUGUCCGGGUGCUUGGCUGUACUGUUUUUGUUUUUUUGAUAAGUUGCAUGAAUGAGUAUAAUGAUGCUUUUUAACUAUUAAACUGUCACGGCUGCUCCGGCCUUGCACCUUCCCAGCUUCCCCUCACAGUGAAGUGCCUUUUCACACUAGGAGACUGGGGGUUCGCACCGCUCAACGAAGCGAAUAUCGUUUUUAACAAGGUACAGAAUGAUGUUUUGAAAAAUGUGUAAAACCAACUGUUUCUGCUGCGGUUUCAUUGAUUUUUUUGAAAUAUUUAAAAGAGUUCUUGAAAAUAAAUGUGUAAUUUACAGAA